GUCCCGCCCGCCCCCGGGGCCGACAGUAAAUACGGUACCGGGCGGCGCGGCUGACACUUGGGAGCUGCUUUCGGACGGGGACCCAGGGUGCCCGGCCGCGACGUGGCUCUACCGGGGCUCCCCGGGUGGGACCGCAGCGUAAACCGCUUGGGGUCGAGCCCCCCCGCAACCGGACCUGAGCGGAUAAACCCCGCACCGCUUCCUCCACGGACGGCGAUCUGCCGGGACGCAACGAGGCAGCGCGGGGCUCGGCCGCUGCCGCCCCCGGCCAGCCUUCCCGGGUCCGUCCUCGUCCCCUGACGCCCGCCGUUGUGAUGCGUAUUCCCGUAGACCCGAGCACCAGCAGGCGCUUCACACCCCCCUCCACGGCUUUCCCCUGCGGUAAGAUGGGCGAGAACAGCGGGGCGCUGGGGGUUCCCGCCGCCCCGGGCGCCCGGGCUCGCCCCGAAGUCCGCUCCGUCGUGGAUGUACUGGCAGACCACGCCGGCGAGCUGGUGCGCACCGACAGCCCCAACUUCUUGUGCUCCGUCCUACCGUCCCACUGGAGGUGCAACAAGACGCUGCCCGUCGCUUUCAAGGUCGUAGCCCUCGGAGAUGUUCCCGAUGGGACAGUGGUGACGGUGAUGGCAGGGAACGACGAAAACUACUCAGCAGAGCUCCGCAACGCCUCUGCCGUGAUGAAAAACCAAGUAGCAAGAUUUAAUGACCUCAGAUUUGUUGGGAGAAGCGGCAGGGGAAAAAGCUUUACCCUGACGAUCACCGUGUUCACCAACCCCACUCAAGUCGCUACCUAUCACCGAGCCAUUAAAGUGACUGUGGAUGGACCCCGGGAGCCACGAAGGCACAGACAAAAGCUAGAAGACCAAGCCAAACCCUUCACCGACCGCUACGGGGAGCUGGAACGGCUGCGCCAGUCCAUGAGAGUCACCCCAACAACACCCAGUCCCCGCGGAUCCCUCAGCACCCCAGGCCACUUUGGGUCCCAGGCUCAAACUCCAAUACAAGGCACAUCAGAUCUGAGCCCCUUCUCUGACCCCCGGCAGUUUGAUCGCUCCUUCCCAACACUGCCAACACUCACCGAGACCAGGUUCUCUGACCCACGGAUGCAUUAUCCCGGUGCCAUGCCCGCUGCCUUCCCUUACACUGCAACACCCUCCGCCACGGGGAUCGGGGGCAUCAGCAUGACCAGCAUGCCCACCACAACGCGUUUUCACCACACUUACCUGCCGCCCCCGUACCCCGGCUCCACACAAAACCAAAGUGGACCCUUCCAGGCCAACCCCUCUCCCUACCAUUUGUACUACGGCACAUCUUCGGGGUCCUACCAGUUCUCCAUGGUGGCGGGUGGCGAGCGCUCCCCCACCCGGAUGCUGUCUUCUUGUACAAGUGCCUCAGCCGGGAACAACUUAAUGAAUCCCAACCUAGGGAAUCAGAACGAUGGGGUGGAUGCGGAUGGGAGCCACAGUAACUCACCAACGACCAUGACAACUACUGGGAGGAUGGAUGAGUCAGUUUGGAGACCCUACUAGGAGGAACUCAACUGGGCACCAAAAGCUUUAACUUAAUCAGUCACCUUUACGUUCCUUUUGGUAGCGAAUAGAGCAAAAUGAUGCCUAGGGAAAGGGUAAACCAAAGUCUCCCAAACCAAAAGCAAACCGGGAUAUUCUGCGUGCAAACAUCAAGCGAAGAUUGACCAGGACCUACGUUACAUUUCAAGAUGAAUGUCCACGAGGCUUGAAGUUGUUGCUUGAUGUGGUUCCUUUUGUAUGUUUUAAGUAUGUGGAUUGUACAUAAGGGGAAAAAAAAUGGACGUGUGGAAUCAGAUGUUUGUUUCUUACAGAACGUUUCUCAGUCAUCUCACUCGCACCCUUUUCCCCAUAAAAAGCUUUCAAAAGUUCUGAAAAGCUCACCCUUCUGCAAAAUCUUUCGGAGAAAAGACCAGGGAGUUGUCCAAGCCAUCUCUGCCGAUGCAGGAAUGCUGAACUGAAAACAGAAAGAGAAAAAAAAAGAAGAAACCCCCGUUGUCUCCUUUCCUUCUGUCCCCACCAGUGUACGGUCCUUGACCACCACAGAGCUCUGGGAGUACACCAGAGCCGCAUGCGGCACGUGAGAGUCUGGUUUACAGCACAACCACAGAGACUUGGGCACGCGCAGGGGCUGCACACUCCUCGCGGGUCAGCCGGCAUCAGCCAUGUGAACAAGAGCUGUGAUGUGAUUAUUGUUAUUAUUUGUUGUUGGCGACAGAGGUUGUAUUGUUCAUUUUUGUCAUUGUCGUCAUUUUUAAAACAGUAAUGUGGUUGAUCCCGUGCCUGACAGAUCCUGUAUGUUUACAUAUGAGAUGUACUUUUUAUGAGACAUGUUUUGUUUUGGUUUGUUUGCUCUUCUGUCCUGACCUCACCAUUCGAUUCUUUGCUCCUUAGCAAAUCUCAGUGAUGGUGGCUGAAGCAAAGGCAGUGUUCAGGACAAUCUGAGGUGUAUGAGAUGCACUUCUAAGCGCAUUAGCUGCAAAAGGGGCUCAGAACCCUUUGGCAUGACCCUGCCACCGGUCUCUGAGUCUUCCUUUCAUCCUCUCUGAGUGGCAACACACACAGCUGGUGGCAAAGCAUCAUAUUUCUCCUAUGAUUCUUUCCCAUGUUUUCACCCAGAGCGGAUUGACAUGCGAUGAGUUUUUUUUAUUAUUAAGAAAUUAAUUCCACUUGUCAGUUUGUACUGAAAGUUCUAACUGAGAUUUGGAGAAAGGAGCAGUGUCUACUCAGUCUCUUGGUGGUGGGAAUAUUGCGAAGCAAUGUUGUCUAGCGUUUUCCAUCCCCUCAUCCUCUUUUCCUUUCCAGAGCACAGAGCACAGGUGUCUCGCUGUACGUGAAUGAGCUGAAGAAGGUGCUCUAAAGGUACUUCAAGCACGUCGGUACCUGGCUGCAUCACGCAGCGUUCACCAGAACCAGGUUCCCCCUGCACCACACACCCUUGUAGCUGAUACCAAAGAGAUUUCAAGCUGAACAGGACCAUUACAGGAGGUUGCAGACAGCCAGAGGGGUGCAGUGCCUCCUGCAAGGCCUGGCUCUGAUGCACGCCACAGGGUUACAUUGCCUCCUGCUGGCUGGCUGUUUUUCCUGUUGGCAUGGGAAUUUAGGCUGGAUUUGGGAUUCCUCACACUGGCAAGACUGACAGUGCAUGGGCAGGGUUCUCAGGAGUGUGUAACUGCGGCACACACUGCUCUCCAGAGCCUAGCCUGCAGCAAGUGGACAGGAACAGUCCCAGAUCCCAGUGCCAGCAGAAACCGAGCCUUUUUUUCGAGGGGAAGGGGGUGAGCGUGGGAAAAUGGGAAGCCCACAGCUGCCCUCCCAGGCCCUCAGUCUAUUUUACACAUUACAGCCACGCCACUCAUCGCCAAAUCUCAGUUGGCAGUUUGACAGCAUUCGGUUGAGGUACGGAACGUUGUAAUUGCACUACCAAGCCAAGACUGGAGCAAAACAUCCUGGCUUAGUUGAAAAGCUGUGAUGACCACUCAUCAAUUAAAUAAGCAACGAGAAGAACAACUCUUUUAAACAAUAACAACUAAAAAAAUACCAGCCCUACCCCAGCAAAACUGCAACCUUCACUUGCCUUAGUGACAGCGAGCAUCUCUCCGGUGCUUGCCAGCUGUAGAAACUGGACCACAGCAGCCUGUGUUUUGAUGAACGUUUAUUAUCCGAUGGCGCCACUGAUAGAAAGCACAAAGAAAACAAGGCAUUCGUAGUACUAGGUUAAUUUAAGACUAUUUGUAGUGAAUUUAAAAGAAUAAAAUAAUAAAAAGAAUGGCAACAAUGUUAUUUUUAUGACAUAUUGUCAUGUGAAGGUGUAAAUACACGCACCUCUGUUGUAUGCAAAUGGUCACGAGAGAGGCCAAAGUUUUUAGCUUUGCACUAUAAUUUGCUUUUUUAAAAAGAUGCACAAUCGCUUGUACAGUAAAACCCCUUUGUCUGGCUCACAGAAUAUUUAACUAUAAAAUCUAAUUUUUGGUCUUAUUUGUUAUAAUAAUAUAAUUCUUAAAUGUGUUGAAGGAUCCGAUUCUUAAUUAUGCUUCUCAUACUUGUAUGUGCAGGGUAAAAUAACAAGAAGCAAGUAAGGAGAUGAGAUCAAAGAUCUUUGUAGAUAAAGAAGGCUAAAGUUGUCGGGUUUUUUUAAUGAUGUCUUACGAUGGACAUUAAAAAAAAUGCUAGUGAUACCAAAUAAUGUGGUUAUUUGUGUAAUAUACCAGCCCUACUUGAAGGUAAUGCCCCAUAUUUAAUAUGUAGCCCAUCUUUUUAACCUGUAGCACUUGUCACUG